AGUCCAGUCCUCUUAUGGUGGGUUGUUGGUGCAAUAACUUGAUUAUUUGUGAAUUGCGAAGAAGAUAGAUCUCUGAGGUAAAAAUAUGAUUACAUUUUGCUAUAUAUUUUUUUAAUUUAAUGAAUUAAAUAUUCGUCGUUGUCGUAACGUAAAUAUCUACAUCUUCGAUAGUUCGUUCGAAUAGGUUUCAUAAUUUAUGUACGUUGGGUUCACUAUUGCACCAGUUGUUCGUUGCUUCCAACUUUCGUACACGUAGAUAAUUGAAUCGGUUGUUUGUCAAUAAUUCGAUCGAAUAUGGCGACUAAAAAGAAGGUCCUGUUGAAAGUGAUUAUCUUGGGAAAUUCCGGAGUAGGAAAAACGUCAUUGAUGAAUCAGUAUGUAAACAAGAAAUUCUCAGGCCAGUAUAAAGCUACCAUCGGUGCGGAUUUUUUGACCAAAGAAGUUAUGGUCGAUGAUAGAAUUGUCACGAUGCAGAUUUGGGACACAGCUGGCCAAGAAAGAUUCCAAUCGUUAGGUGUAGCAUUCUACAGAGGAGCUGACUGUUGUGUUUUAGUGUUCGAUGUGACGUUACAAAAUACAUUCAAGGCGCUGGAUAGUUGGAGAGAUGAAUUUUUAGUACAAGCGUCACCUCGUGAUCCGGAAAAUUUCCCCUUUGUUGUAUUAGGAAAUAAAAUCGAUUUGGAAAACCGAGCCGUCAACUCGAAAAGAGCCCAACAAUGGUGUCAGAGUAAGAAUAAUAUUCCAUACUUCGAAACGUCCGCUAAGGAAGCCACCAACGUCGAGCAAGCUUUUCAAACCAUCGCCAAAAAUGCCUUAGCUCAAGAAUCCGAAAUGGAAAUGAUAAACGAAUUCCCGGACCAAAUUAAACUAACUCCGGAUGCUAGAUCAUCGAAUGGCGAUUCCAACUGUUCGUGCUGAGAAUCAUCAAAUUGCGGUCGUUUACUCUGCAGAGCCUUUAAUUUAGCAAACAACGUUUUUUUUCUCUCUCUCUCUCUCGAAUACCGUACUAAUAUGAUGAACAGUUACGCAUUAGUACACUUACAUACCCUUUACCUAAUAAUACCUAAACCUAUGUAUAGUUUAAAUCAAUUCCAAUAUUGUUUUACGGUUUAAUAAUAGUUAAUUUUUAAACUCAAAUGCGUUAGACAGUCUAUCGGUCCACGUGUUGUUCGAUGGUACAUCUCUAAACCCUCAAACUAGGUAUAAAAUUCCGUAAACUUGAAUCGUUUGAUCGUUUCUAGCAACCUACCUACGUAAUUGUAAUCUGUAUAUUGCCAUGUUCGAUCGAUGCGACACUUACGGUGUGUCUAUCUUAUACAGUCUUAUUUGUAUUUUAUAUAUUUUUGUAUUUUUUAUUUUAUUAGUGCAAUGAAAUAACGCAAACAGCAUGAUGUACAUAAGAAAAAAAAAACUGAAAAAAACGUUUAAUAAUAAUAUACUUUCUAAAUACCUAUACCUAUGUAUGUGCCUUUAACUUAUUGGCUAUCUACAGAGACCGUUUACCUUUUACUGUAUACUUGUAUAUGUAUAAUAAUAUUGAUAUCAUCGCUGUCAUCGUAAUUGAUAUUCUAUUUUUAAUUUUUCUUUUCUUCUCUUUUCUUCUUGCAAUAGAAUUGUAUAAUCUUUCUGUCUGUAUCCGCUCAGUAAUGCCAGCGCUGCUAUGAUUAUCGAUAUUGUAUUUUAUUGUAUUAUUACCCCCCUCUCCCUACCGAUAUAAUAAGAUCUUUUGAUUUUGAUUUCAAUAUUUAUGAUGAGCAUGGUUGUUGUUAUUGUUUUUGUUUUAUUGCUAUCUCGUUGUGUUUGUUUCUUGGCUAAGUCGUAUUGAGAAAAUGAUGUCGGUUUUAUUUCAAUGUUUCUGUCGUGAAGGGGAAAAAGACGCGUACGAAGGAAUUUUCACGUUGACUCAGUUCCGCGAUGACCGAAGACCGAUGAUCCGAUUAUUUCGUCGUUUUACGCCAAGAUUAUAGCCUUCGUCUUUUUAUCAUCAUAUUAUUGAACUAUUAUUUGUAUUAUUAAAUAGAUUUAUUUCUAUUAUUAUUAUUCUCAAUUUAGUGAAGUAUUAUUAUAAUUUUUUUUUUUUUGGUCUGAUUUCGAUCGAUCGAUUGGUUAUAAAAAUAUAUAUAAAUAUACGAACAGUUUAUAAUUAAA